AGUAUAAACAGUGUAAUUUAGACAUAAAAACUACACCAUAAAAAUCAUGACAGAAUCCCUUUAAGCAGCUUACCUAAAAAGUAAUCAAAGAUGCAAGAGAAUUCACCAAUUAGAAUGCUGCAGACCAAUAACUUAAUUAGAGCAGAGAAUGAAUAAAUAUUAAAAAAAUAUAUUGCUUACCAACUGUAGUGUAAUUAACAUGGAGCAGACCCCACAGCCGUGGGGAGGCGGGGUCCAUAAGAACCUGUUAAUCCUGCUCCCUCUUGCACCAUGGUCCCCAUUCUAGCCCCUAACUCAAUGUAUGGACAAUUAUAUUUCUAAAUUAUUUCACAAUAGGAUUAUUUUGCAUUUGUUUAUUCGACAUGAUCCGCCUAUUGUUUUAUUUGGGGAGUGGAAACCAAUUCAUGCUGAUAAAAGGCUUUGAAUGCCUCGCUGUGGCCAGCUUUAAACCACAUUACAGAAUGCAUAAAGGCAGUCUAUACUACAGGAAUGGCACUGAAAACCAUAAAAGUUGACUUUCUAAAAACAGAGAAUGCAAUCCAACACAACACCAAGGAUUAUGACAACCCAAACCUCAUUCUGAGAAGGGGACAAGAGUUCAAUAUAAAAAUAACCUUUGAUAGAGAACUGUCUCCUAAUGACAAAGUGACUUUGCAGUUUACAACAGGUUCCAUAGCUUUGCCAUCCAAUGGGACCCUUGUGCUUAUUGAUGUGGGCCCUGCUAUCCAGGCAAACCAGUGGAGUGCUACAAUUCGCCUGAGCAACAACAAAGAGUGUAUGGUUGCUGUCAGCAGUCCAGCCAACGCCAUUGUUGGUAAAUACAUGCUGAGCAUUAUCACAGGGAAAGGGAUUGUCUACCAACAGGCAGAUUGUACCAUUUACUUUCUGUGCAACCCUUGGUGUAAAGAUGACACUGUGUAUAUGCCCAGUGAAGAUGGAAGAAAGGAGUAUGUUCUCAAAGACACUGGUUAUAUUUAUGUGGGCAUUGCGACUAAAAUCAACGCAAAACCCUGGAACUUUGGACAGUAUGAAGCAGAUGUCUUGGAUUGCUGCAUGUCUCUUCUGGAUCAUGGUCGACUUAAACCUGAACAUAGAAGGGACCCGGUUACCUUGUCCAGAAAAUUAUCUGCAUUGGUCAAUUCCAACGACGACAGAGGAGUUCUUAUAGGAAACUGGUCUGGAAAUUAUUCUGGUGGUUUCUCUCCCACAAUCUGGACAGGAAGCAGUGUUAUUCUGCAGAAGUAUUACAAGAGCAAAAGGUCUGUCAUGUAUGGACAGUGCUGGGUGUUCUCUGGAGUUCUAACCACAGUUCUGAGAUGCUUAGGAAUUGCAGCAAGAAGUGUCACAAAUUUUAAUUCAGCCCAUGAUACAGAAGAAAAUCUAAAAGUUGAUGUAUAUUUGAAUGAAAAAGGAGAGCUACUCGAUGACCUAUCUACUGAUUCUGUUUGGAAUUUUCAUGUGUGGAAUGAUGCGUGGAUGAAAAGACCAGAUCUACCCAAUGGAUAUGAUGGAUGGCAGGCAGUUGAUGCCACACCACAGGAACCAAGCCAAGGCGUCUAUCAGUGUGGUCCAUGCUCACUGACAGCCAUAAAAAAUGGGGAAGUUUAUUUGCCAUAUGAUGGCAAGUUUGUGUUCUCAGAAGUAAAUGCUGACAAAAUCUACUGGCUGGUAAAGGAUAAACAAGGAGCUGAACCACCAAUCCAAAUCCGGCAAGAGAAAAGCUGCAUUGGAGAGUGUAUCAGCACCAAAGCAAUGAAUAUGAAUACCAGGGAAGACAUUACAGGGCAAUAUAAAUACCCAGAAGGUUCCCAAGAAGAGAGAGAUACUUUCCAGAAAGCCUGUUCUUUUCUUAAGUCACGCGCAUGUUUGGUUUUCUCAGCAACUCCUCCACAUCCACCAGCUGGCACCAAACUGCAGAUCCUGGGCGAUAAAGAUUUAAUUCCUGGGAACCCCUUGUCUUUCACUGUCUCCAUAGAAAAUGAAACAAAUGAAACAAAAUCCAUAGAUGUUAGCAUUGGUUGCCAGCUGCAAGCCUACACAGGAAAAGUAAUUGACGGCGUGGCCUCAAUUAAGCAGACUGUCCAAGUUCUGGGAAAACAAGCUGCCUCCAUCCCUGUGACUGUGGCUCCAGAGCAUUACAUGAAGUCUGUGAUCUUGGUUGAGGACGAGGCCAUUUUCAGGAUCAAUGCAAUAACUGAAAACAAAGAAACACAGGAGAAGACCAGCAGGAGUAUGGUGAUUGCAUUCAUCUAUCCUCCCAUAAAAGUGGAGAUGCCGGAAACUGCAAAGAUUAAUGAAGAUUUCACUUGCACCUUUACUUUCAAGAAUACUCUUAGCAUUCAACUAGACAAAUGCCAGCUGCACGUGGAAGGACUUAGUAUGUUCAAACUGGAGACAUUUGAUGAAGGGGAUAUAAAGCCAGGAGGAAUCUUCCGCUCAAAGAUCAUUUGUGCUCCACGGAGACCAGGGGAGAGAAAAAUUGUGGCUAAACUCAUUUCCAGCCAAAUAAAAGGAAUUUCAGUGGAAAAGACCAUUACCAUAAUUAAUUAAUUGAUUAGUGAAUAGAUACAAGGAUUGCUUUACAUUAUACUAAUAAUUCAUUUCCAAUUUAUUCACCAUCACCAACUAAUAAAAUCAAAAUGUUAGCCUUGAUUGGGUAGUUUACCCAAAUCCUUACUACUUUUAAUUUUAAUUGCACUUUAAAUUAUUAGUAAAUUUAUAAUUAAGUGGUGUAUUGCUUUGACCCUUUAACCUUAAGGACAAAACCAUGUCUGGCAGCAAUGUAAACUGCAAUUUUUUAAUCCCGGUUAUCCCCUUGAAUGCAUGAGUAGUGCGGUCCUAGAUAAAAGUCUCACAGCCUGCCCUGUGUACUGCUGACCAUUUGUAGAUAUCAUUCAUGGAAACCAUUGCAUUAACAUUUUAAAUGUAAGAAUUUCCAUUUUUAGGUGGGCGCCAAAUUAUAUACUUGCCUUGAACUGCAAUACUGCUUGGUUUAUUCCACACUUCCCAUCAGCCAAUUAUUUGCACCUUAGAACGAUAUGACAUCUACAACAUGUAUCAUCAUCUGCACCUCAUUUUUAUGAGAGUGGGCCCUUGGCAUAGGGUUCUCUGGUUUAUAAAAGCUGUUUAUGCAAAGGUCCAGUCUGUUUAUGCAAAGCAGCUUAAUCAAAUUUAAUAAUGCUAUUUUCAGUCAAUAUCUCUUAAUAAAACUGUAAUCUGCCUGUUUAUGGACUGUGCCUAC